UUCAACAGAAAGACUAAGUCAGAGACAAACACUGAGGACACAGCAUUGUUGAAACUGUUAAAGGCAGAACACCCUCCAUCUGCAAUACAAUCUCAGGAUUCAGGAUGUUGUAGUUGCCGAUAUAGAUAUUUCCUGAAUGGAUUUGAUGUCUUUAUAGAGAAUGAGGGACAACUGGAUUAAUACCUCAAACUGACUGGAAUUGACUCCCAACCAUGCGUACAGGUGAAAAUGACAUGCCCAAACUGACCUCUUGACUUGACCUCUGAUAGGUCAGGGCUCAGAUUGGAAUAACCCCGAAAAUACAGACCAGUCUAAACCCCUCAACAUGUCUUUCCCGGAACCCUUCACGUCCCCCUUACCCCCCAGACCAGAGGCCAAACCCCGGCCCCCCAUCUCUAGAAAAACCCCUUCCUCCAAUGGAGCCCCUUCCACCCCCUCCCAGCUUGGAGAGAUGGGCAGCACAGACCACAAUUCGGGGGGGAAAGUCAACAGCAUUGUGAGUAAGUUCAGCCACCCAGAGACUACACCAACCACCAGUGGAGAUGCUAAACUAACCACCAAUCCAACUCUCCGGACCCGGGGGCCCAGGAGGGCCCCCACAGUCAAACCCAAACCGACCCGGCACUCUGUCCAGCAGUCUGGGGGUCCAGACCAGGCUCCUCCACUGCCCAUGAAUAGGAGCCGGAUCCUGCGUCAGGCCAAAAGAGAGACCCCUGGAGGAGAGGAGGGAAAUGGCAUCACAGUCAGUCGAUCAGCACCUGGCGGAAAGGAGGUAGAGCGACAGCUGAUUGGAGGAGUGGAAGCAGAGGCGGAGCACGGUUCAGACACGCCCCUUAACCCAUGCUUCGACUGGGAAUGCAGCUGUGUUUGCCACCUCCACAUGCCCGGCAUGAAGCUGGUAUGGGUGCCCAUCGAUGAGGAAGAGAAAGAAGAUGAAAAGGAGGAGGAGGUUAAACUGGAAAGGGAGGAGGAAGAGAGUAGAGGGGAGGGGACCUCCUUGGCCAUAAAAUGCCCCCCCACCCCACCUAAACAGACCCAAUCUUUCCCAAGUCAUUUUAAAGCUUCCAUAGAGGAGGAGGAAGAGUCUAUAUAUGAAACUACUCUACCAAUGGUGGAUCCAACACCUAGAAAGAUCUGCCAAGAACUGGACAUUCCCCUUAUCAAGGUUCAGAAAACUGUCUAUUGGUCAAAACUGUCCUCCAGCAACUCGGAGGACAACACUUCGGUCCAGUCCGAUUCGGACCCAUCCCAAACCCAGACUGCUGAGGAUGCCUCCGUGGCUAUCCCACCUCGGGUAUCUCUCGCCCAGGACAAGUCCAAAACACCCGGCCACAACCUCAUGCCCAUUCCCAGGGGGGGUAUCGCCUUGCCCCAGCCCACCGCGGAGGAAUGGCGCUCCCUGCGCCCCUCACCCCCCAAUCCUUCCGCCAGUCCCAUAGUACUCCACCGGGCGGGCAACAGAGUCCCCCCACCUCAGCCCCCCAAGACAGACAUCUCCGUCCAUUCCGUCAAGCAAGCUAUAAAAGAACACGAGGAGGAUGGAAGCGCUGAAGGAGAGGAGGAGGAUACAGAAGAAGACAGUGCCCCUCUCAGGAGAGGAUGCUUUAUUGCCUGGGAGUCCAGACAGCUGGAUGUGCCUCUGUACCAGACGUACCGUGCUACCGUCAUCCACAAGGAGAUCCGGCGCCAGACGGUGUGCCGCAAUACCAGCAAGGCCAGCGCUGACUACCACAUGGACUGGACUGCACGCCGGGGUGGAGUGGGCGUGGGGGCGGUGGGCAAUGGCAAUGGGGCACCCAGUGCCACUAUUCCGUUGCCCACCCUGGGCCAGAGCACCCUGUGGCAGGAUCUACCAGAAGUACGGAAAAGUGGGGUGCUGGAGACCCUCAGCCCUGCACAGUGCAAGUACCAGGAGAGUAUGUUUGAGGUGUUGACAUCGGAAGCGUCGUACGUGCGUUCCCUACGUGUUCUCAAUGAACACUUCCUGGAAUCCCGGGAGCUGGAGGAGGUGCUGAUCAUCCGGGACAGGAAGACUCUCUUCUCCAAUGUCCUGCGAGUCCUGGAGGUCAGCGAGAGUUUUCUGAUGGCCCUGGAGAACCGUAAGGAAGAGAGUCUGGUGUUCUCCGACAUCUGUGACAUCAUCCAUUUCCAUGCUCAGCACAACUUCCCGGUCUACAUCGACUACGUCCGCAACCAAAUCUACCAGGAUAAGACUUACACCUCCCUCAUGAAAACCAAUGUGGACUUUGCCACGGUCAUCACCCGUCUGCAGGAAUCUCCUCAGUGCCAGAGGCUGCCAUUCAUGUCCUUCCUGCUGCUGCCCUUCCAGCGAAUCACACGCAUCAAGAUACUCAUCGAGAACAUCCUGAAGAGAACACAUUUGGGGACGAAAGAAGAGCAGACUGCCUCCAACGCCUUGGACUCUGUUUCUAAGAUCAUAGAGGAGUGCAACACCCAGGUGGGAAAGAUGAAACAGGUGGAAGAGCUGAUCCACCUCUCCAAGACGCUGGAGUUUGACAAGCUCAAGGCCAUCCCCAUCAUUUCCCAAACCCGUGUCUUGGAGAAGCGUGGGGAGUUACAGGAGAUGGCCAAAGGGAGCACCCUUUUCAACCUGGGUCACAAGUUCACCCCCGUCUACCUCUUCCUCUUCAACGACCUGCUCAUCAUCGCCACCAAGAAGGGUUCAGAGCGUUUUGUGGUGUUGGACCACGCCCACCGCACCCUGGUCCAGGUUCAGCCAAUAGGAGACGACCAGGUCUCCAACCCUAGCUAUGAACACUGCUUUUGUCUGACUCUACUGGAGAACCACCAGGGACGCAUGAUGGAGAGACUGAUGAAGGCCCCUUCACAGUCUGACCUGCACCGGUGGAUAGCAGCGUUCCCUGACCCCAUGAAACCUGAUGGGGACAAGGAGGAGGUUGUCUAUGAGGACUGGGACUGUCCUCAGGUGCAGUGUGUGGAGCAGUAUGUUGCUCAGCAGGCUGAUGAGCUCAACCUAGAAGCCACUGAGAUCAUCAACGUGGUGCGGAAGACCAACGAGGGUUGGUACGAGGGGAUCCGUCUCUCCAACGGACAGAAGGGUUGGUUUCCUGUGGAGAACGCUGUAGAGAUCACCAACGAGCAUGUGAGGCGGCGGAACCUUAGAGAACGCUAUCGGGUCAUUCAGGCCGCCAGCAUUGUCACCAACAACAUGACCAAGACUACCCCGUAAUGUUGACGGGAACAUCAGGAGAACAUCGACAGACACUCCGCAGAAUGUCAGUCGAACGUUUACAUAACGUCACUAGAACGUUGCUGGAAUAUUAAACUGGAUAGGGGAGAGUGAACCAGUGCUUGCCAUGCAUGCUCCCCAGAAGAACUCUGGAGACAUAAGGAGCAUUUGGAGGAGCUCUAUCUUAUCAAAUUGUUUGAUUGGCAUGUUUUGUUUUGUUCAAAUUAGUCAUUUGGUGAAGUUACGGGAUAUGGUUUCUUUAGGGAACUUUUAAGAACCAGGAAAUGAUAUGUAGUCUUACAUGAGGAAAAGGAUGAGAAACUUCUUCUAAACCUAGUAUACUUAUCCCCGUAAAGUUUGCUUAAUGUUGAGAGUGUGUGUGUGUGUGUGUGUGUGUGUGUGUGUGUGUGUGUUUGAACUUGCACCUAACCCCACACUGCCAAAGGAAAGCCCCAAUUGAAAAGUGCCCCUGCGACAAUAUGUGAGUCAGGUAUACCAUGGCAGCAGGUAGCCUAGUGGUUAGAGCAUUGGGCCAGUAACUGAAAAGUCACUGGAUCGAAUACCUGAGCCAACAAGGUGAAAGUCUUUCAAUGUGCCCUUGAGCGUGCCACUUAACCCUAAUUUGCUCCAGGGGCGUCGUACUACUAUGGCUAACGUUGUAAAACACAUUUCACUGAACCUAUCUGGUGUAUGUGACAAUAGAAAACGACAUAUAUCAUCAGGUUGGUGGCUAAAAAUGUCUUCAUUAUGUAACACACUGCCAACAGACAAUGAUUAACCUGCAGUAGUCAUCACAGGAAUGCAUUGACAGCCCAUAAUGCUCACAAACACACAGUCAGUCACAUACUCCAGUUAACACCAACAUACCUGAGAUACGGGCAGACUAGGAGAACCGGUACAGUAUUUUCCCUCAGACAUAAUUACACCUAUUUUUUUUUUUUACAUAUUUUUUUUACACAUUUUUUUUUUGGUGUGUGUGUGUGUGUGUGUGUGUGUGUGUGUGUGUGUGUGUGUGUGCGCCCUAAUGCUGCGGUUUCGUAAUCACUACAGGGUUGAAUACAUUUGACCGUCAUUAUACGGUAGAGUCGCAAUAUCGGUAACAUAGAGCCGAAACAUCUAGUUGAGUCCUACUCUAGUAUUAUGAUUCCAUAUGUGUAUUAAUUCUACAGCAGGACUCAUAGGUGUAAACUCUGUGGUAAUGCCAGGGCUUCUCUCUGUUUUAUUUUACAAUUUGUAUCAUGUUAAAUAUUAGCCACUAUCAGGAGACACCCGUCUGUACAUACAUUUAUAUCCGUCACUUUAGUGUUCGUUUCCUUCAAUUUGUAGCCUAUUGAUUCAUUCCAUUCCAUUUACCAUUCUUUCCUCUGUUAUGUCCAUGUAGUUGUUCCUGAGGGUUGCAUUAGUGGAUCAUAUAGACCCUUUCCCCCCCCCGAUGCACGCGACUCUUGGCGGCAGUAAGAAAGCCAUCACUAUCUGCGCUCAUUCAACACAGCCUAGAUUUAAGGUUUUAUUACUUCUAAACAAAAUAUGAGUUCUCAUAUGCUUACAAUGAUGUUCUGAUUCUUGCUUGAACAGUAGCUAGGGUUAUAUUUGUUUGUGAUCUUUGCAAAAUAACUAUUUUGGAUGCAACGGUUGUUAGCUAGAAUGCUAACGCUCAUUGUUAUAGGGUUGUAGCAAAAAAUAUAGCCAAAGAACCAUUUUACUGGUUGAAGUUGGCCCAGCAACCUUUUUGUGACUGGCCCAACGCUCCUACCCGCCAGGCUACCUGCCACCCCCAUUUAACAUAUUCAGUGUGUGCAGUGUGUGCAAGGUAGACACACACCUGUAGAGCACUUUACUCUCCUGCAUUAGGUAAACCUGAAUCUCAGCUCCCCUAAAUGAGACAUUGGCUUCCCUAAAUGCAACAGAAGUCAAAACUUGGAGAGGGAGGUCUCUAAAUAAUGCUAAUUUCACCAUUCUUCUGUUUGUUUAAAAUGUAGUGGUGAAUAUUUUUUACAGUGUUAAAUAUAAAAAAUAAAAGCUUAUCAAACAUU